AUGGCUUUGCGCGUUGUUGGUCGAUCGGUGUUGCUGCCGCUUGCACGGCAGUUGAACCCAAUCCGAUCCGUGGGUCUGUGGAGACCGUCGUGGUGGGAUCAUGGUUUUUGGCCAUCAGAUAUGUUCCGCAACAUCGACCGUGAACUGCGCCGUUUCGAGCGCGAGAUCGACCGAAGUUUCCGCGACUUCGGUGCACCGAGCCUCUGGCACAUGCAGCCAUUCCGCUACUACGAGGAACCGAUGAUCGUCGAAGAGAACGGCGAACACAAAAUGAAGAUGGUCUUCGAUGUAUCCCGAUUCAAGUGA